CCUCCCUUCCCUUACUCUCUCUCUUCUCUCUCACACACUCUCAUCAGUGUUUCCCUCUCUCUAUCUCUCUCUAGGGUCAUCAGCCGUAUGAGAAGAAAAGCACACUGACUGAGCGCAGCCAACAACAGCUGCACACGAGAACGUGCUCCAGUAAUCCCCCAGUUCGUUAUCUAACGGUUUUCCCCUUCUUCCCAUUUUGCCCUUUCCCUCUUCUCCAAUUCACAUCCAAAUGCCACCAAACCUCCACCACCACCGCCACCACCAGAUCUGAACCCAAACUCUGAAUUACUAAGCCAGGCGAAGAGCCUUUGCACUUUUCUCUUCCCUUCUCUUCUCUAUCACAAACACAAGUUGAUAACUAACCAAUUCAAAAUGAUAUCGUGGCACGACCUUUACAAAGUCUUAACGGCGGUGGUGCCGCUGUACGUUGCCAUGAUCUUAGCCUACGGCUCCGUCAGGUGGUGGAAGAUCUUCUCCCCUGACCAGUGCUCCGGCAUCAACCGCUUCGUCGCCAUCUUUGCCGUCCCUUUACUCUCCUUCCACUUCAUCUCCACCAACAACCCCUACACCAUGAACUUCCGCUUCAUCGCCGCCGACACCCUCCAGAAAAUCAUCAUGCUCUUCGCCUUGGGCCUCUGGACCAACUUCACCCGCAACGGUAGCCUCGAGUGGAUGAUCACCAUUUUCUCCCUCUCCACCCUCCCCAACACUCUCGUCAUGGGAAUUCCCCUCCUAAUCGCCAUGUACGGCCACAAAAUCCCCGAAUCCGGCAGCCUCAUGGUGCAAGUGGUGGUCCUGCAGUGCAUCAUUUGGUACACUCUCCUCCUCUUCCUCUUCGAGUACCGCGGCGCCAAGCUCCUCAUCAUGGAGCAGUUCCCCGAAACCGCCGCUUCCAUCGUCUCCUUCAAAGUCGACUCCGACGUCGUUUCGCUCGACGGCCGCGAUUUCCUCGAGACCGACGCCGAGAUUGGAGACGACGGUAAGCUCCACGUCAAGGUCCGCAAGUCCAACGCCUCCCGGCGGUCGCUCUCCGCAAUGACGCCUCGGCCAUCUAACCUUACAGGCGCAGAGAUUUACAGCUUGAGCUCGUCCCGGAACCCGACUCCGAGGGGCUCGAAUUUCAACCCCUCCGAUUUUUACUCCAUGAUGGGAGUUCAAGGCUUCAACACGAGGCACUCCAAUUUCGGACCCGCCGACUUGUAUUCGGUUCAGUCCUCCCGAGGUCCGACUCCGAGACCGUCAAAUUUCGAAGAGACUCCAAUGCCGCAGGCGCAGACGGUUACGUCUCCGCGGUUUGGGUUUUACCCGGCGCAGACGGUACCGGCUUCAUACCCGGGGCCGAAUCCCGAGUUCUCGGCCCCUGUCAGUAAAAGCAGUACCAAAAACCAACAGCAGCAACCGCAAGUGGCAGCGCAACAGGCUUUGAAUAAUGGUGCUACUAAAACAAAUAGUCAUCCACAUGAUGCUAAGGAGCUCCACAUGUUUGUUUGGAGCUCCAGUGCCUCCCCUGUUUCGGAAGGCGGUGGGCUCCAUGUAUUUGGCGGUACAGAUUUUGGCGCGUCCGAGCAAUCUGGACGGUCCGAUCAGGGCGCUAAGGAGAUAAGGAUGUUGGUUGCUGAUCACCCCCAAAAUGGAGAAAACAAAGUGGCUGUUACUGAGAGUGGUGGUGGUGAGGGGGUGUAUGGUGGAGAAGCGUUUAGCUUUGGCGGGAGGGGUGGUGCUGCAGAGGGAGAGGAAGAGAGGGAAAAAGAGGGACCCACUGGGCUCAACAAGGUGGGUUCGAGCUCAACAGCUGAGCUACACCCAAAGGGCGGUGGAGGUCCUGAGCACGAUCCGUCUGGUAGCGGAAAACAAAUGCCUCCUGCGAGCGUUAUGACCCGUCUGAUCUUGAUCAUGGUGUGGCGCAAGCUUAUCCGCAAUCCCAACACGUAUUCUAGUCUCAUUGGUCUCAUCUGGUCUCUGAUCGCUUUCCGGUGGCAUGUGGCGAUGCCGAAAAUAAUAGCCAAGUCAAUCUCCAUACUGUCCGAUGCUGGGCUAGGAAUGGCUAUGUUCAGCUUAGGUCUGUUCAUGGCACUUCAACCCAAGAUAAUUGCUUGUGGGAACUCGGUCGCCGGAUUUGCAAUGGCUGUGAGGUUCCUGACUGGCCCAGCGGUCAUGGCUGCUGCCUCCAUUGCUGUUGGCCUGCGCGGUACCCUCCUCCAUUUAGCUAUUGUCCAGGGUUAUAUUUGGAAUGUUGAUAGCGUUACCAAUUACUCUUGUCUACUACAUUAUUCUCGGACUGUAAAUGUUUGUUGUCAUAGAAGCUUAAACACAAGAGAGUUGUAUGUUGUGGUGCAAUUGUGUCACACUUUAAAUUGUGAUUUUGGAGUAUGUACCUACAAGCUUGAUGAGGGAUUUUCCGGCAUAUGAGAAAGAAACUAGCAGGAGGAGGAAUUCGGCAAGGUUGAAGGUUGUUAUUCCAAAUUUUUGGGAGCAAAAGUAAUAGAUUUUUGACUUUUUGUAAUUAAAGAAGGGGAAGCCCUGUUAUAAGGAUCAUGCUCCCAUUAGAGGCCAAAGUUUAUCUUAAUUUAUGAAAGCUUUGUUGGAAGGGAGCAACGCAACGCAAGUCUGUGUAGCCUUGAGAGGAAAAGAAGGAAAAGCAUAUAUCCCUAAAUCAAUCAUAUAUAUAUAUAUCUAAUUCUCUUCAUUUCGUCAGUCAGGUCAGGCCUCCGAUUUCAAGCAAAUUCGUCCUUUAUUGUAUAAAAUAAGUGACAAUUGAAAUUGGUUCAUGAAUAUAUGGAAGACAAAAGAAUAGGUGACAAAAAUAUUAAAGAUGGCAUUUUAUUUUUAUAUAAUUUAUCAUUUUCCUAGUAUAGUAUAGUUUUCUUGUCUAGAGGUUUUUUUCUUCUUCUUAACUUUGUUCCCAGUGAUGAUUUUGAUGAUAUACUAUCCGGGGAAUGUGGAUCCGGAAAUUAUUUGA